CGUCAGUUGGCUCUUGACUCUCCCACGUUGCAGUCGGUGGUUCUGCCCGGAAUCGGAAACUAAUUCGAAAUCCGAAACGGAAUCGGAAUCGGCAUCGGCAUCGGAAUCAGAAUCUUUGCCCGGAUUCUAAAGCGGACUGAGAGAGAGUGUAUUUUUAGUGCUUGCGUGCGAAAUUUUGUUGGUGUCAAAGUUAAACAUUUUACGUGAUAUUGCAAGGACAGUCCAAGAAUACUAAAAAGAAGAAGAAGUAUAUUUGCAACACCAAAACUAAACAACUGCAACUGCAAAAGCAACAUUUAGCUGCUAGUGCAGCUCCCACAGCCAUCGCCGCCGCCAAGUUCAAAAUCAACGCCUGACAAUGACAAAAGCAGCAACGUGGCGCCCACCAAGCCCAAAAAUAAUACCAGCAACAACAACAGCUACAAUACCAAUCAAAACAGCAAUAUCAUCAGCAGCAGCAGCAACAACAACAAGGACAGCAGCAGCAGCAGCAGCAGCAGAGGCAGCAACUGCAACUGCAACUAAAGCAACAACAAUCAAUGGGCCCCAAACGACAUGGCGACGUCAACGAGGCUGCACACCAGCAACACCAAACAUGCAGCUGAAGCAGCACCAGCACCAGCUCCAACAACAACAACAACAACAAUCGUACUUGCAAUGCCUAAAGGCGGCCUGUCGACUGGGGGCGUGGCUGCCACCAAUGACGUCGAUGUGGCUGCCAACUGACUCAAUCGCCCAGCUGAUUUUGGCCCUCUGCCUGCUGGGCUGCCUCAGCCCCUUUACAGCUGCACUCGAGGAGGACUGCGUUGACUUUCAGGGCAACAAGGUCAACCAUGGAAUGCUCUAUGUACCCGGACCGGGAGUCUGCAGCCUCUGUGUCUGCUACCAUUCCGAGCCACUCUGGUGCAAGGCCAUCUACUGUGAUCCGCCCUAUUUUUGCAAAAACUUUCGUGUUGGCGAGCGCUGCUGUGAGUUCGAGUGCUUGGAUCCGCCCGGCGAGGACAAACUGUACCAGGAACGUAUGCGAAAGAGGGCCGAGAUAUUGGCCGGCAACAGUACAGCCUCGAAUGUCCAACUGGCACCGAUAGCCAUGUCCACCAUAAUGUUGGGAUUCCUGGGCAACAGUUUCCUCAACUUAUAACUACUUGAAGUCAAAUAGCAAGAGAUCAGCAAGGCGAUCAAUUCAAGGCGAAGAUAAAUCAGCUAAAUCCUAAUUUUUGUUGCUCCUCAAAAAGCGUAGGAACUUCUCACUCCAAAAUUAUUACAGUGUAAUAAGAGGACUAAAAACCAAAAAAAAAGAAAAGAAAAGAACAGAAAAAAAGCAAGAUAUAUAUAUAUCUAUAUCUAGAGUAAUAUCUACAUUAAUUUAGCAGAUGCAAAAUGGCAUAGGUUUUCACUAAUAUCCCCAGACUUAACAAAAAAGAAAAUACAAUAAUAAUUUCCAAAGAAAAGAAAAACAGAAAAGAAGCAAGGAAAAGUAACAUGGAAGGGCACCAUAAUUGCAGAACAUUUUUCAAAAUACUUUCAAUGUGAUCCGAAUCGAAUCGGUAGAGCCAGAUAUAUAGCAUAUACAUUUACAUCUACCUAAGAUUAUAUAUAUAUACAGAUAUAUAUAUAUAUAUAUGAGUAAGCAACACCAAGAAACCAGAACAAACUCAUCAAGCAAACGUAUAAGACAGUCUCUAGAUCCUAAGACUCUAUAGUAAAAGAUAUAUAUAUACAGAUAUAUAUAUAUAUAUAUACAGAUAUGGGAAUCUAAGUAAGCAUAUUGUACAUAAGAGUAUAUAGCUCUUUGUAUCGGAUCAAAAAGAAAUUGUUGAUUAGUGUUUAGCUAGUGAAGCUAGGAAGAUAGGGUUUUUUUUUUUUUGAAAGUAAAAUCCAAUUAAAAUGUUCACCGGCACACCACAGAUCAUCGCAUUAGAUCCAGCUCCCUGAUAAACUUUCUUUAGAGCUGUCUAAGCAAGGCUAGUUUAAAUGAUUUUAUUCAGUUUUUUAAACUUAAAAACAAAUUGGCAAUUUAAAUCUAAGAAAUCGUUUCAAACGAUAAUAAUACAAUUUUCUAUCGUCUGCCUGACAGCUCUAUUUUCUUUCUAUAUAUAUAUGAGAUAUAUAUUAUAUAUAUAUAUAAACAUGUAAAAGCGGAUCUUGAUCUUAGUAAAUGGUAGUAAAUUACACAUAUCUUGGCAACAUUUUUUCCAAAAAUAUUAUAACACAAACACACUCACGGACACACGGAAUAAAUCAUUAACUCUUGCAUUGGUGCUAAUUUUAUCGUAGGCUAAAAUAUUAUUAUAAAAAAAGAACUCACUUCGCACAUCCCAGACUCCGGUAUCAUAUUGAAUCAAAUUCUAUAUACUAUAUAUAUAUAUAUAUUAAUUAGGUAAUGUAAUCGAGAUACAAGUAGUUAACCAAUUUAACUAGAAGGGAAAAUGGAGAGGAAAACCCCUAUGUUUUGUGUAAGAAAAUUGCCCAAGGUAAACCUGUUAAAGAUCUAAUAAUAAUAACUAAAGAAAACUAACUCCUAUGUUCACUCGCUCGAUAAGGUUUUAAUUUUGGACAAAUCGAUUGCAUAAUCAACUAAAAAAUAAAAGCAAAAAUAACUAAAAACUAAAACGGUUUGGCAAAGCUUAGUAGAAAAAAAAAGUUGGAAAAAUCCCUAGAUCUCGUUUCAAACUUUAGGCUAAAGACUCCUCUGAAGCCAUCUCCUUCCCUCUACGAUUGUAGGAAAUAAAGAAAAUCUAGACAUAUAGCAGGACCAGCAAACUUAAAUAGAAUCAAUAUAUAAUGGGUAUUACGAGCCCUAGGAAAAAGUUGGUCAAAUUUUUUUCACUUGACGGCACAUCAAAAGCAAAAAAAACUUAACAAUAAAAAACAACUUUAAAGAGAAAAACACGGAAAAAUCCGAGAAAAAAACGUGGAGUACGGCUGUGAAAAUUAUGUUUGCUUUAAAAAUGCAUAAACGCAACUGUAAAUAAUAAAUGAAUUACUAAACUAAAAAUUAAAGAAAACAAAAAAAAAAAAA